AUGGCCCAGCAAAAUAUGAAAGUGCGGCCUGUGCUUCUGAAGAGAAACAGCCUAGAGUCAGUGGAGUUUGUGAAACCACCUCACCACCGCAGGAGCAAAUCCCAGCAGGUGCGCUUCAAGGAAGAUGGGACCAGUAAGAAUCCAAGUGGCUUAGCUGAAGAUGAUGUCCAGACUUCUGAAGACUCGGUUGUGAUGGGGAAGCCUCAAGCAUCCAGGCAUCAGUACCUCCCCACCUACUCGCUCUCCUUCCCCAGGUCCCAGAAGGCAGGGGGCUUUCGGAACAUCGCGAUCCAAACCUCCCCCAGUCUCAGGAAGCAUUUCCCAGUUUUCAAAAGGAAGAAACUCACAGCCAGCAAGUCCCUGGUAGAAAUGCCAACAGCAACCCAAAGUGCCAUCCAGGUCAACGGUAACCUCUCCGAGCAAGACAUUGUGUCUUCCGACCUCGCCUACUUAAGGUUGGCUCAGCAUCGUGAUGAUGGGCCUCAAAGGAUCAAGUUGUCCCAUCCAUUUCUCCCGAGGAUGUCCAAGGUGCAAAGCAAUGGGCCUGUUAGCAUCUGCUUGGAAGGAGGGACUUGGAUGGCCUCAGAGAAAGCAACAGCUGCCAUUCAGGUUCCAGAUGAUAUUUACCACAGUCCUUCCUGGGAAGCAAGAGGUGUCACUUUCAGCCCAGACAGGUUGGCUGAGAUCAGUAACUCCAUACACUCUGUGGUUGAAAUGUAUCCAGGUGACGGGAGAAGUGUGCUGUCAACAGAUUCCGAAAGAGUCCCCUCCUGCUUAAAUGCCACCAGCGGUGCCAAUCACAUGCCAGGCACAGGUAAAUUUCAACCCGAAUUGCUUUUGCCCAAAGACAACCCUGAUGACAAGGACCUUGGCCUACUGUCAUCUCAGUCCAAGGAAAGGUGUGUCCCCUCCCCUCCACGGACUCAGAGCUCCCCCUCACCAGGCACCCACAGCCAGCCCGCCCAUCCAGGAAGAACAUCAGACUGUCUUUCAUCUGGUACCCAUCACCAGACCUUGGCAUCAUUAAAUACUAACAGUGGGUCAAGAUCUCCACCCACAUGUCAAGAGGAGAUGGAGGAGAAAUCCAUGCAGCCAGACCCCCUGGACUUUCCAACCUGUUUAGGAAGUGAUCCCACCCCACCCUCUCUUCCAAGAAAUGAAACAAAGCUUCCUGUGAACAAAGACAUGAGUGGAAUGAGUCAAAUUCACCUGGCCCGAGGGGAACUCUGUGACCUCCAAGGCAGGUUACAGACUGUGGAGGAAUCUCUGCACUCAAAUCAAGAGAAAAUUAAAGUCCUGUUGAAUGUCAUUCAAGACUUGGAAAAAGCCAGAGCUCUCACAGAAGGGCGCAACUUUUACCGAACUGGCCAAGAUCUCAACAACUGCAGUACCUGCCAGAACACUGCAUGCAUCAUAUACAGUGUAGAGUACGAUUUCCGGCAACAGGAAGGCAGGUUCCAUGAAGUUCUACAGAAUCUGGAGGAAGCCGUACCUGUUGAGGAGGCCACUCCCCCACCCAAGUCCCCAACAGAACCCCCCAUCCCAGAAAAACAGGACUUAAGGCGGAAACCCAAGAAGGUCAAGAAGAAGUGUUUCUGGUGGAUCUGA